AUGUCGGUCACAGAAUUUCCACCACUACUCACAGAAGAUGAAUGUCAAAAAUAUAAAGUUCCAUUGAAAUGGAGAGAUAGAUGUGCAGCAUAUUUUGCAUUAUUUCAAACUUGUUUAAUAAGACAAUCUGCAAAUUCAUCAGUAAGUUGUAAACAUGAUAAACAUGCAUGGGAAGAAUGUGAAAACUUAGAUUUAAUAAGAAGAAAACAAAUUUUGAAAGAGGCUAAAGCUGAAUAA